AUGCCGCUAACCAAGGUUUUCCACUCUGAUUCCCGUCAGGUGAAUCACAGUGGCCAGCCAGCCCCAGAGUUCACUGCUACAGCCGUAGUGGACGGACAGUUCAAAGAGGUCAAGCUGUCCUACUACAGAGGCUUCGCUUUGUAUGUGGUGCUGUUUUUCUACCUGCUGGACUUCACCUUUGUUUGCCCCACUGAGAUUGUGGCCUUCAGUGAACGUGCUGAGGAGUUCAGGAAGAGUGACUGUGAGGUCCUGGCAGCCUCUACAGACUCCCACUUCAUUCACCUGGCCUGGAUCAACACAGAAAAGAAACAGGGAGGUCUGGGCCCUAUGAAGAUCCCUCUGCUGGCUGACCCCACUCAGGCCAUCUCCAGGGACUACGGAGUGCUGAAGGAGGACGAGGGCAUAGCCUACAGUGUGCCCAGCAGGAAGGAGACCAGGGAGAGACACCAUCGUUCCAGACAUCCAGAAGAGCAAGGAGUUUUUCUCCAAACAGAACUGAUCCAUCCACACCUCCGUAGAGGUGCUACGUCUAUACAGGGUACUAACUGAGCACUUACUGUUGUUAGCUGGAUCGCUGACUGACUGAGUCUGCUGAUCGCAUUGAUUCUGUGUCAACUACACUGUCAGUGGGGAUGUGUUUUGUGAGAGUUCUUGAAAAUGAUAUAUCAUUUGUGUAUUAGGCUUGAUGUUGAUUCCAUCACGGGGCUUAUUUUACUGCUGUUCUCUAAUGAUUUUUUAUUUUUAACUUAUCUAACUUCUACUUAACACAUAUUUUUAUGAAAACUGCAUUGUUAGUUAAGGGCUUGUAAUUAAGCAUUUCACUGUAAGGUAAACAUGUUGUAUUCAAAUAACAUUUGAUUUGUUUUGAUUACAAUUCAAACAGUGCCAUGUGAGUAUGAACUGGAAUGUUAAUAAAAAAAACAGAAUUUCUA